CGGUUUUUCGGCAUCCUAUAGGGAAUCUUAGCUUCCAAAUGGAGCUGUUAGAACAGAGAUAGAGCGAGAAAACCAAGUCUACUAAGGGGCUUAAGCUUAUCCAGCCAUGGGUGACACAGAGCUGGAGCUUUCCCCUUCCCAGCUGGAGGAGCUACAGAAGAGUCCGUCGUCCACCUCCACUACCUCGUCUCUCUCUCUGCCCUCCUCACCAUCCUCUGAGCCACAAACAUUCACCAGCCCCAGUGCCAGUGAAGGCUUGCCCACUUCUAGCCCAUCGCUGGAUGUCAUAUCAGAAGGUGUGGGUGAACUAAGCCUGGUCAUUGAUACUGAAGUGGCCAAAAAAGCCUGUCAGGAAGUCCUCCAGAAGCUUCUCAAAGUCGAUGGAGAAACCCCUUUACCUGCUACUGAGCCUAAGUUGGUAAAUGGAACUGAAAACACCGAACCCCCAAAUGGAGAUGGUACAGUUUCAGGCAAGCCUCCGAAGAUUAGUGAGGAGGAGGAGGAGCCCACACCGGGUACAGUGAAGAGUGCACGACGACGCCACAAGAACAACUCAUCAAAGCAGUCUUGGCUGCUGCGUCUGUUUGAAUCCAAGCUUUUUGACAUUUCCAUGGCUAUUUCAUACCUAUACAACUCAAAGGAGCCAGGUGUGCAGGCCUACAUUGGCAACCGGCUCUUCAGCUUCCGAGAUGAGGAUGUGGACUUUUACCUGCCGCAGCUGCUAAACAUGUACAUCCACAUGGAUGAGGAUGUGGGUGAUGCCAUUAAGCCCUAUGUAGUGCACCGCUGCCGACAGAGCAUUGGUUUCUCUUUGCAGUGUGCCUGGCUGCUGGGUGCCUAUUCGUCUGACAUGCACAUCUCAACACAGCGGCACUCGCGUGGCACUAAACUGCGCCGACUUAUCUUGUCUGACGAGCUAAAGCCGACUGGGCAGCGUGCACGCCUCCACCAGCUGCAGCAGCAAAAUCACAACCUGGGUCCAAGUGUAAGCGAGCAUGGCCUUUCACCCUCCAAGCGUACCCACCAGCGCUCUAAAUCAGAUGCCACCGCCAGCAUUAGCCUCAGCAGCAACCUGAAAAGAACAGCCAGCAACCCCAAAGUGGAAAGCAGUCCGGACGAGGACAUGAGUUCCAGCUCCGACAGUCUUGAGUUAAAGGCUGGUACCCCUAUACGACUGACGCCUCAGAGGGAGUUCAUUAAGUCUCUAAUGGGCAUCGGAAAGAGAUUGGCCACUUUGCCCACGAAGGAACAGAAGACCCAGAGACUCAUUUCUGAACUGUCACUGCUGAACCACAAGCUGCCGGCACGUGUGUGGCUGCCCACUGCAGCAUUCGACCAUCAUGUGGUGCGAGUUCCUCACACGCAGGCGGUCGUGCUCAACUCCAAAGACAAGGCACCAUAUCUAAUCUACGUGGAAGUUUUAGAGUGUGAGAACUUUGAGACAUCAAACGUGCCGGUAAGGAUCCCAGAAACACGAAUCCGCAGCACACGAUCAGUAGAGAAUCUUCCAGACUGUGGCAUGACAGCCGAGCAGCGUGCCAGCAGUUUCUCCACUGUGCCCAAUUAUGAUAACGAUGAUGAGGCCUGGUCUGUGGAUGAUAUUGGAGAGCUACAGGUUGAGCUGCCAGAGAUUCACACAAAUAGCUGUGACAACAUCUCCCAGUUCUCAGUAGAUAGCAUCACCAGCCAGGAGAGCAAAGAGCCUAUUUUUAUUGCUGCCGGAGACAUAAGGCGGCGCCUUUCUGAACAGCUUGCUCACACCCCAACAACAUUUAAAAAGGAUCCAGAGGAUCCCUCAGCAGUAGCAUUAAAAGAGCCCUGGCAGGAGAAGGUUAGACGUAUCCGGGAAGGCUCUCCAUAUGGGCAUUUGCCUAACUGGCGUCUCCUCUCAGUCAUAGUAAAGUGUGGUGAUGAUCUCAGACAGGAGCUUCUUGCCUUUCAAGUGCUGAAACAACUACAGACAAUUUGGGAGCAGGAACGUGUCCCUCUGUGGAUUAAACCCUAUAAGAUCCUGGUUAUCUCAUCUGACAGUGGCAUGAUUGAGCCAGUGGUCAAUGCAGUAUCCAUUCACCAAGUGAAGAAGCAAAGUCAGCUCUCACUGCUCGAUUACUUUCUGCAGGAGCAUGGCAACUACACUACCGAGGCCUUUCUUACAGCACAGCGCAACUUUGUUCAGAGUUGUGCUGGCUACUGUCUGAUUUGCUACCUGCUGCAGGUUAAAGACCGGCACAAUGGGAACAUCCUGCUGGACUCCGAUGGCCAUAUCAUUCACAUUGACUUUGGAUUUAUUUUGUCAAGCUCUCCAAGAAACUUAGGCUUUGAGACAUCUGCCUUCAAACUGACCAAUGAAUUUGUUGAUGUCAUGGGAGGUCAAGAUGGAGACAUGUUUAACUAUUACAAAAUGUUAAUGCUUCAGGGUCUAAUUGCUGCACGCAAACACAUGGAGAAAGUCAUCCAAAUAGUAGAAAUCAUGCAACAAGGUUCUCAGCUGCCCUGCUUCCAUGGCUCCAGCACCAUCCGUAACCUGAAAGAGCGAUUCCAUAUGAGCCUGACAGAAGAGCAGCUGCAGGUGCUGGUGGAGCAGAUGGUGGAUGGCUCUAUGCGCUCAAUCACCACCAAGCUGUAUGAUGGCUUCCAAUACCUUACCAACGGCAUCAUGUGAAUGCUGGUGUGACUGCGGACUGGGACGUUAGAACUGGAAAAAGCUGCACCACUUUCAGAGGCCACUUCCGGGCUCUUUCUUAACCCUUUCCAUUUCCAUCAUUCUAGCAUGUUUGUAUACCCAGACUGAAUUUUUGAUCAUGGAUUUUAUACCCUAUUUGAAGAGGUUCUCAGCUGUGAAGUUUUGUCUUGUCUUUUAACAUUCAACAGCCCUGCUAUGGUUUGAUUCCUUGCUCCUCUUUAUUCAAUUGUUUUGUUCCUUCUUUUUGGAAUCUGCUCUUAUUCUGAAUCCUAGAACCUAGUUUAAAACGAGGCUGUGAGAACUCUUUGCUUUUGUGACCUAAAUGUUCUUGUUCUUUUUAUGUUUUUUUUUUUUAAGUAGUUGUGUUUGUGUCACUAACACUUUCUAUUUAAAGUAAGCAACCUACAGUUUUCACACCUUUAUACAAUGCAAACACUGCUGGGGGGCUAACUGAGCAGCGCACAUACUGAGUAAUGUGUUGAGAUUGUAUAUAGUGUAUAUGACUGAGAUGUGGUGUAAGCAGCCCAGAGUCAUCAGUGGGGUCUCUAAAUUUGUCUGAUCAGUGUUAUUUUAGGGGAGGUUUGAGAGAACCAGGCAAUUUUCUCAAAUUUAUAUGCAAUUUUUUUUUAUCUGCUACUGGUUGAAACAAACUUGUUUCUCAAAAGAUGCACUAAUCGUCUCCAAGCAUUUUAUUUGGCCUUCUGUAACCUGUAACAAUGUUUUUCCCAAGCACAUGAAAAAACACCUGCAAAUACAGUUGUGUGUGAGAUACAAUCCAAAGAAUGCCAGUAACAUCAGAUUUGGUUCAGUUUAGUAGUCAAAGAGAACUGAAAGACAAAAACACUAUUUAUUGCCUAUUUACAAUUACUUGCAUUCUUACAUACUACAUCUGAAUUGCUUUUUUUUUGUAAGAGGUAAAUUCAUUUCAGUUUUUAGACAGCAUUCUAAGAUUCCUCAUUGUGUACAGAUAUACAUAAGCUGAAUUUUUAAUUCAUUUUGCUUUCUUUCAGUCUAGUUUGAUCCAAUUACCCGAUUGCAUUUUGCUUCCUUUACUGCUGCUGAUCACCAUUUCUGACUGAGGAGAGCCGUGACUAACGCGCACCCUUUCUGACACGUGUGUAGCAGCCAAUCGCUGCUGCUUUUUACCUGCAAGAGGCGGGUUUAUUUGGGGAUCAGUAUUGUGUAUAGAGAUGCAUGGACUGAUCUUUAUCCCCCUUCUCAUUGUGCAGGCACCAUUGAUAAACCAGCAGAGGUUGUAAUGGCAGCAGUUUUGAGGAAUGCUAUCCGGUAUUCCCUGCCUACCUGACAGACGUGCCCAUCAUUGUCUGUGUCUCGUGAAUUUGACACGUCAGCUCUGGUGUGCUUGCAUGUUUUACCUUUGCAACACCUAAGCACAUAAGCUGAAUUUUAAACGUUGAAAAUGUUUCAAGUUUUGUCAUAAUGGUGGGAAGCUGUUAUAUAACCAAGCUGUUAUAUAACCUAUUUUUAAAGGUUCAGAUGUUGUCAAGUUGGGCUAACACUGACGAUUGGGCAAAUGUGCUGAACAGACCAGAAAAUCUCAGUUUGAUUCAGCUUAUUAAAUGUUACUACAUACACAGGCAUGCAUUAAAAAGCAUGCAAUACCUUUGAAAGAAGCAGCAAGUUUCUUCUGUAACAGACCUUCUUCAGGCUUCCUUUUAACAGCCAUGAUCCAGCUCACUAAGUGUCUAAUAAGCUCAUGAGCUGCUUUAGGUUUUGAGCAGGACAGGUUAGGAACUUUGCACGCCAGUGGGCCCAUAGGACUGGUGCUAAGAAACACUGACCUAUAACAUGCUGGUUCCUACUGGGGAGUAAAGACUCCUGAGCUGCAACAGGAAGUAGCUUUAUUUUAAAAUGGCCUGUAUGCGUGUUAACAGGACUUUUUUUUCUUUCUUUAGAACCAUUUUUUAUUUCCUGUUUUAGUUGAAGCCCAGUUGUUGUGAUUUAUUUAAAGUUGUUUCAGUAAGUCGUUUAAGAUGUGCAUCUUUCUUUUCACCUUUUAUACUUUGUUUCUAUGUUUUUUUCCUUUGUAACUUGUUUGAUGGACCAGCUCUUACUAUGAUGUAAAUGACCUCCCAUAACUGAAUGUUACUUUGUAUAAUAAAUUAAUGUGUCUA